UGAGACAGCAAAAUAAAAAUUACAUUUUGUUUGAUUUGUUUGCGAAAUUACAAAUAAUAGCAAAUUAAAUAUACAAUUAAAUAUUAAAAAAACUAUGCCCAGUCUUAGAUCAACGAGAUCACGUAAAGAAGAAUCUGAAAAUAUAGAAAUCCAUGAAAAUUUAAGCAGCAAAAAGGAAGAACAAGCCAGCAAGAAAUCAACUAACAAAACAACGCGCGCUGGACGUGCUCCUAAAGAUACAGGGAGAGUAUUGAAAGAAAUAAAUUGUGUGAAACAAGAUAGUACAAAAAGUAGCAACAGUAGAAAAAGCAAAACCAAAAUGGUGCACGAAGAAGGUAGUGUCCAAACCCAGGCUAAACCUAGAGAAACCACAGAAGGUGAAUUAAGUAAAACUGUAGGCGAUAAAGAAAUUGAGCAGCCAGUAAUAGUAAAUGAACCCAUGGAUGUAGCAGAAACAAUGAAAGAUGAUGACGAAUGUUCACCCAUUAAAAAACAAAAAAUGAAUGAAAAGGAGCAGGUCGAUGAUGAUGAUAAUGAUAACGAAAGCGAGGAAACAGAGGGAAAUGUGGAACAAGAGCAAAAUAAACAGCGAUUGGAAAAGGUAAAUGAAACUGAACAAGAUUCAGUAAAGGACAAGGCAAUCGUAAAUACUUCCUCUAAAAACAAAAGUAUAUCCUUAAAAUCACAAACUAAUACCUCAAAAGAGCCAGAAGAGACUGCUUCCACUGGCAGUAACUUACCCAAACAAUUGCUAACUGUUAUCUCCAACUUAUACUUGAAUGUGGGCGAACGUUUACAUCUAGACUUUCCUCCAAGAUGCCUAGAUGAUUUAGCUUUUUGUCAUCGCCAUCAUUAUCGUUCGGAACUGCCAGAUGCUCCAGCGCCCUCACAGGCUCACAGCUUACGUAGUGCACUGCAACAUUAUCGUUAUGUGCUAUUUAUUAACACCACUACCGAUAUGUGCCAUCGUGGUGAGUUUCCCGGCAAGGGAGUUUUUACUAAAGUAAUGGAACUAGUUUUGAGCAUUAACUAUUCUACUAAACAUCCCAAUGUCAAUAUUCCCAUAUUUCAACAAGCUUAUCACAAGUCUAUUGCAUUAUUUUCUAUGAUUGUGCGAACCUUUCCUCCCUGUUGGCAUAAAUUGCGUCCUUACUAUGUCGGCUUUUUGGAAUGCGGUCUAGAUCCUACAAAACUGAAAAAUAAUAAAGAAGAACCUCUUUCUAAAUCAGCAAAAAUAUUUGAUAUACUACUGGACUUACUGGAAGAGGCAUUAAAGAACUCUAAAGAAGAAGACAUAAAAACAUCAAAAAGUGAAACAUUGAAAUUCCCCCAGAACCCCAAUACAGAUGCUACAUCACCACUGCCCUGCACUGAGUUAAGUAUGUGCAGUGAAUAUUGGAAUCAGAAUGAGUACGAGGAAAAAGAAAGGGAAAAACAAACAUUCGAUGCUUUGCCGAUGGAUCAGAAAUUAGAGAGGAUUUUUAUGGCUCUAAGAUUGUUACUGCAGAUAUUGGAGAAUGAUUUGGCCAUGUGGAUGUUGCAUCACAAUAAAAAGACCAAAGAAUGGAUAUUUUGUGCAGAAAAUAGACCACUAAUAGUUGUACUUUGUGAUUUAACGCAAUACACUAGAAUGACCCGAGUGGCAAGAAGAAUUUUCAGUGUUUACAGUGAGGCAGCCGCUAAGGGAUUGUGUAAGAAACGUUUAAAAGUUUUAGAGCGUUUUAUAUCCUUAUUAAUGGUGGCCAGCAAUACUGCUGAUAUGGAAAAUACCGCCAUCGGUGUUAAGUAUCCCUUCUUGGGUGAUCAAACUAAGACUUUAAUAGAAGAAUUCUUUAAAAUCUUUAAAGCACACAAUCGUGAAAAAAUUUCCAAGUAUAUGGAAACUAUAGAACUUUUGCGUAUACCCUACGUUCGCUAUGAAUUCAUCGACAACGUUUUAAUAAUGUUUCAAUUCACAAAUACCGAACCUUUAACACCGCAAAAGAUAGCUUUGGAUAUAGCUAAAAAACGUUGGCUCAAAUAUAAACCAGAGUCUGAACUCACUACACUCGAUGAGGACAUUUCACGAGAACAGUAUUUACACUUGCUACUAGAUGCCUUGCGCAUGUACUGCGAAUUUCAUGGCUCAAAAACAUUUCUACAUGUAAUCACUGAUAUUAAGGAAAUAUCACCUCUUACCACCACUAAUGAUUCGGUACAUCGUUGGCCAACACAUGGCAGUGGUGUGUUGGUUCUCAACAAAAUGGCUAAUGAUAUUGUUCUUUUGGAAACUAAACUCAAGAUGACCGUUAGAAUGUCAAAGCCCAAAGUAGAUUUACCUUUGGCCGAUAUAUGCAUUGAUGAGGCUAUUAUUUUAAAAUAUCGUACUGAUUUGAAAUUCAUUGUUAGUUUACAAAAUGUUGUGCUUAAACAAAAGGAAACAUAUCCCGAUGUGGAUUUUACCGCAUGGCUGGAAUUUCUUAAUGAAUUUGCUCCAAAAAAGUUGUCGAAAGAAGAGACAAACUGAGAUAUUUUAUAGAGGAAUCUAAAAUUAAUUAAAUAUAUUUUUUAUUUUCUAUUUUUUAACUGUAAUUAUUUGUGAAGUCCAGUGUUUUUCUUUUUUCAGUUUACCUUUUAAUAAAUACAUAUUUAUACUUAUUAAU